CUCGUCUCGGAAAACGACAUCAUCUCAACAUUGAUCUCAAUACUUAAACACACCCGCUCUCCUCACCGUUCUCUCCCUACAGCAUGACCAAGUUCCCGGCAGCUCUCAAGCCAGCAGCAAGAUCUGCCUACCGUGAAGUCCUUCGCGCAGCCAGAAUCACUUUUCAGGGCGACUCCACUCGACACCAUGCCCUGCUUACAGCCCUUCGUGCCACCUUCUCUUCUCCCACCCUUACCCCUCCACCAUCCGCUUCUUCCCCACCUGUCAUACCCAUUUCGGAGGAAAGUAUCGGUGUAGACGACGUUGCCAAGCGCAUCACAGAGUGGAAGGAACUGGCUAGGUUUUUGAAAAGGAAUGUUGUGCAAGGUGUCAGGAGUGACGACGGCGCAUGGAAACUUCGAGUAACAGAGCACACCGAACUAGGUGACAAUGCCUCCGUCAAGAACCCGCCAAAAUUACCUACUACUCCAUUCCCUAACAGAAAUCGAAGGAAAUGCUCUGAUGCUGCCCCUGCAUCAUAGAUUUAUUUUACAUUACAAGUCACUAUGGGGUAUCGCUUGGGUUCGGGUCUGGUGCUUUACGGUUAAGAGUCUCUUCAUAUAUUAAUGAUUAAUGAAACGC